UCACGCGCAUGCUCAGUGUCGCCUGACUCCAGCGCCACACUACAACAGUAUCUACAGUAACAACUGCUACUCCUGCGCUCUCCGUGUCCGUUCCCUGUCUGUGUGUGUGAGCUCCGGUAAGAUGGCAGACCCGCGAGUCAGACAGAUCAAGAUCAAGACCGGCGUGGUGAAGCGGUUAUCCAAGGAAAAAUUAAUGUAUCAAAAAGAAGCCAAACAACAGGAAGAGAAGAUUGAGCGGAUGAAACGUGACGGAGGGGAUGAAUAUGACAUUAAAAAACAGGCAAAAGUACUGCAGGAAUCUUACAUGAUGGUCCCAGACUGUCACCGCAGGCUAGAAGCAGCACAUGCCGAUCUUUCUCAGCUCCUAGAGAAUGAAAAAGACUUGGAAGAGACGGAGGAAUACAAAGAUGCCCGUGCCAUGCUGGACUCGGUGAAAUUAGAAGCGUGAACACUCUCCAGACCCUGUUUUUAUGCCUUGAUAUCAUUCCACUGUUCUGUUUUGAAAAUUGGGAAAAAUGAAUGCAUUUCCAUAGCCUAACAAUACAAGGACAUGUUAAGAUUCCAUUUCAGUAACUUCGAGGCUGUGGGACGUAAAUUGGUUUAACCUAUACAGCUUUGUAGCAUUGUACUAAACUGUCGCAGUAAAGGGGGGAAAAAAAUCAGUUUUCCUGCAUUAAAGGUGUUUAAGAGUAA